UGUUCUUGUAUCAUACAAGUAUUGACGGACGGAAAACGGUUUCCUGUAACCAGCAUAACUGAUUAGCUGCCAUAAGAGAUGAACUCAUUUACAGGGUUCCGUUUCAGAGCGAAAUGGAUUGGUUCGGUUCCAGACUCAUUCGUCUACACACAAAUCAGGGUUAGUGGCAGUGGCAGGGUUAGCCGGAAUGUUUGCCGCCAUAGCUAUGACCUUUCAUUCCGCUUCCGUACACAUCACUUGUUGCCCCCGUUUUGCCCCCGUCUAUGUACCUAUGCUCCCUAUCUACCCCUCACAGUAAGUGCGAAGAAGAGAACCACCAAGUCUGAGCCAAUUCUCAAGCCUUCCAUCUCUGAAGAAGUGUUUCCGAAUGAAGAAGAAGACGACCUUCUCAUUGAGGAGUUUGAAGACGAUGAAUUGCUGGAUGAAGAAGAUUUUUUAAAUAACGGGAAUUUAGAGGAAGAGGUUGAACUCUACGCUGGCGAUGGAUCUGAGGGAGGCGGGAUUUCUCUUGCUGGGACGCCAUGGGACAAAAAAGCAUUAGAAAUUGCUGAAGAAGUUGCUCUUUCAUUUGAUGGAGAAUUGGGAAUAUACGCCUUUAAGACACUUAAAAAUGCCAACAUUCAAGUGCGAGUGGAGAGACUCACGAACAAGUCAGGAUCUCCUAGCAUGAUGGAUAUUGAAGAUUUCUCAUUAGCUUACAGAGAAUGGCUUGAUGAAGCUGAGUCCUUAGGAUCUGUCCCAAAUAACUUAUCCCUGGAGGUGUCAUCACCUGGUGUGGAGAGGGUUGUUAGGAUCCCAGAAGAUCUUGACCGGUUCAAGGAUCGCCCAAUGUAUGUAAAGCAUACGAUUGGCGAAGCAGUCGAGCAUGGCCCGCCUGCUGUACGCGAUGGUGUGUUUAGGCUCAUGUCAUUUGAUAUGGAAAAAAAUGUGUGCACUUGGGGAUUGGCAGAUGUCAAAGUUAACCGUGAAAAAGCAGGGAAAGGAAGACCGCUUAGCAAGAAGCAAAAGGAAUGGCGUUUGGUCACCCCAUUUGCUUCCCUACUUAUGGUCCGACUACAUUCUGACAUUUAGC